UCAGAGACUACGUGAAACACAAUUUUUUCAAUAAUUUCUUUAUUCAUGAUACAUAUUUUUCACAAUCUGUUAAAUUAUCGAUUUUACCUAUUUUUGGAGCGACAACACUGGUACCGGGAAAUAAACUGACAGCCAACACGGGAAAAUAACCCCGUCAAUAAAAAUACAGUUUUGUUGUGUGUUUUUGUUAUGCGCUGUGAUUGUAAAAAUACAGAAUGAAUACGUAAAAUAAAUGACUGCAAUAAUUAAGAUGAGCUAAAUAAUUACUUUGAAUAUUCAUUAAGCGAAAAUGGCGCGAGAAUAUCAAAAAACUUCAAGAUCUGAUGCGCCUGAAAUUGAGAAAGUUUUUGAGUUUCGAAAUAGAAAAAAUCCCGGGAAAUAUUGCGCAGUAUGUCUCCGAAGUGAAAGGGUACUGGUUGAUAACACACAGUUUAAGAAGUUUAUAUCGGUGAUCAAUCUCGAACAUAACUGGAAGCUUUUCCAACCACCUUCAAUAUGCUACAUAUGCAGUCGCCAGGCCACCAAAGCUUAUAGAUUUUACUGCGCUGCCAAAUUUGCCGCGUCCGUCAAUCAGCUGUUUCUGCGUAUCAUGAGGCUAGAUAAGACUGCACAGAAAGAUGUCUUUCAUAAAACACAUUUUGAGAAACUGUUGAGACAGAUGACUGCGGAAGACAAGAUGACACAGCCCAGCAUAUGGGAGUUGGAACUCAAAGGCAUCAGACAGCGGAGUAGCCUGACCAAGUCUACUACUAUGAUGGUUGACCAUCAAGGCGUAAAAGUCAGCGACCAAGAUAACGUAGAUAUAAUUUACUUAGAACCCGAUUGUGACCCUAAUAAGUUCACAACAACCAUCUUAGCAACACCCUUACAAGUACCAAAGGGCAGAACAAGGGGGCUACCGAAAAGAUACCGGAAUAAGAGAGGAGAGGGAAGUGCCACUCGUAGUGAAACAGUCGCCGAUGAAAAGGACGAAGUUAUAGAGAUCAGACCAUCAUUUCGCGACAAGAUUGAAUUCGUUUUGACAGACGAUGAAGACGAAACAGACGUUAAAUUGGAGACCAUAGACUUGGACUGUGAAGACCCCAAGACCCCAAGUACCCCUGAAAGCCUUGUGGAGAUCAAAGAUGACGUCGAGAGCCCCCUACCGACCCCAAGUGACCCCAAACGAGCCCCAAGUGACCCCAAACCGACCCCAAGUGACCCCAAGCCAGCCCCAAACACACCAAACAAACUCCCAGCCCCAAAACUGGUCCCAAUAGAGAAGCUACUCAGACCAGUCAAACGUACGGAACCACAAUUCGUUUUACAACAGUUCAUAUUGAACCCUGCGGUCACUACGCAUAUUAUAGACGGACAUGGGCAGUUGGUAUCCGAUCAUAUUUUGUUGCCAUCGUUAAAUAAUAAUCAGAUUUUACCGCCGGCAACCCAGCCAUUGUUGACGAUGUUGCCAGUCCCACAAGAUCAAAAUAGUUUGCCAGUGUUGCCAAUGUCGCAAGAAAGUACUAAUUUGCAGAUGGUGCCUAUAUCUCAGAAUAAUGCUAACUUGCAAAUGUUGCCACAGGAAAAUAAUAAUUCGCAAAUUAUGAAUUUUUCACAAGCUAAUGGUAAUUUGCAAAUGUUGCCACAAGAAAAUAAUAAUAUGGCGAUUUUCAAAUUGACACAGGCUAAUAAUAAUCUGCAAAUGUUGCCAGGCGCCCAAGUGAAUACCAAUUUGUCGAUGUUGCCAAUUCAACAAGAGAAUACCAAUAUGCAAAUUAUGAAUUUUACUCAAUCUAAUGGUAAUUUGACAAUGUUGCCACAAGAGAAUAUUAACAUGCCGAUUAUCAAAUUGUCACAGGAUAAUAAUAAUUUGCAAGUGUUGCCAGUGUCUCAAAUGAAUACCAAUUUUCAAAUGUUGCAAAUGACACAAGAUAAUAGCAAUUUACAAAUGUUGCCAGUGGCACAACCUAAUUGCAAUAUGCAAGUGUUGCCAGUAUCACCCGGCAAUGCCAAUAUGCAAAUGUUGCCAGUUUCACAAGCUAAUACCAGUUUGCAAAUGGCGCAGUUUGUAGCAGCCAAUAAUAACUUGCCAUUGAUGACUAUCCCACAACAAGCCAAUACAAAUUUACAAAUGUUGCCAGUAUCACAAACGAAUACCAAUUUACAAAUGAUUUCAGUAUCGCAAGCGAAUACCAAUUUACAAAUGAUAUCAGUAACGCAAGCGAAUACUAAUUUAAAAAUGACGCCAGUAUCGCAAGCGAAUACCAAUUUAAAAAUGACGCCAGUAUCGCAACCGAAUACCAAAACACAAAUGAUGCCAGUAUCACAAGAGAAAACCAACGACAAGAUACCAGCAAAAGUACACAAUCGGCAACAAGAGAGACCGAAUAUACUAAACUUGCCAAUACCGAAAGAUAUUAAUAUAAAGAUAUUGCCAAAAACAACGAAAAGGAAAAGCAUUGAUACGCAAACACAGAAUAAUAAAAGAAAAUCGAAUAUACCAGAAAACGAGAUAUUGCCAAUACCAAUACCGCAAGAAAAAAGCAGUUUGACCAUAGUGCCAAUACCACCAAUACCAUCUAAUAAUGUUAAGGUAUCGCCAGAGAGAAAAGACGGCGUCGAUAUGGCAACACAGUGCGAUGGAAAAGUGUUGCCAGUUAAGCCACCACAGCCGCCAAACAGGACUAUAGAUUGGGAAGAUCGAAUACCAAUGGAUGUUAUAUCUUUUAUGGAAACUACGGAACCAGCAAACGUUCCGAUGACCAUGACGAACAGCAGUAUGAAGGUAUACCAAAGAAGAUCGCCAUCAACCCGAAACGUUAACUAAGAUAUUAUUAAUAAACAUUCUCAUGUAUAAAAAACUAGCUGUUGCCCGCGACUUCGUCCGCGUGGUUAGAA